AUGCAAUAUUCAUUCACCGCCCUCACACUCGCCGUCUUGGCAACGGUCAUCCACGCCUCUCCUAUUCAGUUGGAGACGAGAGAUAUAAUGGCAAUUGCCGAUCCUAACGCAGCCAAUACUACCAUGGUCGCUCCUCCCGCGCCACCAUCCGGUGCUCCUGCUCCUCCCGCAUCCGCUGGCGCAGCCAAUGUUACGAUGCCUGCACCCCCAGCUCCUCCAGCCGGUGGUCCAGCCGGUGGUCCAGCUCCUCCAGCUCCUGAUGCAAAAGUCAAUGGCACAAUGCCAGCCCCACCUGCACCUCCUGCCGGUGGUCCAGCGCCGCCUGCUGAUGCAGCCAACACCACAAAGCCAGCUCCCCCCGCUCCCCCAGCUGGUGGUCCAGCUCCUCCAGCCCCUGGUAGCGCGACAAACACCACCGCGCCCGCUACCGAGGCCCGUGAUCUAACCUCCUUCUCUAUCACCGAUACCCCCCAAGCAAACACCACCAGUUCAGCCAACACCACCACGAUAACCGCUACUGUAACCGAUCCAACCACCAACACCACCGGUACCGUAUUCCCCGGAACCGCUGCAAAUUGCACUACAUUUUUCAUUGUCUCAAUGGGAGAUACAUGCGAUAUUGUCGAUGCGAAGAACGGGAUCACGUUGGAUACUUUGAGAAAAUUGAAUACCGAGAUUGAUGCUGGUUGUGCCAAUUUGAGUGUGGGACAGGCACUUUGUGUGAAGACUUAG